AUGCGGCACAUGCAGUGUGGUGCCCGCGCCGCAGCCCUGCACAACAAGCUGGUAAGCGAGUACAUGAGUGUGGGUCAGGCAUCAGAGAUGUGGUUCUCUGGCUCCGUACAGGCCUCGCGACCGCGGCCCGCCCGCUGCAUCGCCAACAUUCCGGACAUUCAACACGCUCGCCCUCGGAAUGCAACCCGCCAACCAGACACACCCACACAACUAUUUUGCAUAGCUCAAUACUCACUUACGUUUUGA